GAUCCUGGAGACGCUGAGGCCAUAAGGGAAACAGAGGCGCACACACACACAGGUGCGAGUGAGGGACGCGUAGGGGACCAGAGUGUCUACGGGAGGGGACUGUGAGGAACCCGAGCAUCCAGUGAGGGAGGGAGGAUAUGUAGGGGAGCCAGGUGUUGGGGCAGGGGAUAGAUCUAUAGGAGACCCAGAGGUCUGGUUGUGAGGGGUGUUCCAUAGGGGACCCAGGGUUCUGGGGAGUGCAGAGCUGUAGGGGACCCAGGUGUCCAUGGGGUGUUCUGUAGGGGACCCAGGCGUCCAGGUAGGAUCCACAGAUGGCCCCAGUGUCCGCGGGGGCUCCCCAUGCAUUUAAAGGGGAUUUGUAAGGGACCCAGGUGUCUGGGAGGGGGAAUCUGUAGAGGAAUCAAGUGUGCAGGGUUGGGUUUCCAAUCGGGGGCCAGAAGUCCAGAUGGCCUUGACCCCACUUUCCACAGGUGCCCAUGGCGGGCUGGGCCCUAUGCAUGGCCCUGGUGCUGGCAGCCCUGGCAGGGGCAGUGGGCGAGAGCCGCUAUGAGAAGUUCCUGCGGCAGCAUGUGGACCACCCCCGGACACCCGUGCUUGCGGCACACCGCUACUGCGAGACCAUGCUGGCACGCCGGCGGGUGACGGCCCCAGGGAGGCCCUGCAAGCCCUCCAACACCUUCGUGCACUCACCGGCCGAGGAGCUGGUGGCUGUCUGCACCCAGACGCCUGACGCGGAGGGUGUCCACAGCACCCCAACACCCAUGAGCCUCACAGCCUGCCGCCUGCGGGGGGGGGACAACCGGCCCCCUUGCGCCUACCGGGCCCGGCAGCUCCAGCACCAUGUGCGUGUCACCUGCCUUAACGGGCUGCCUGUGCACCUCGCUGGCACCUAUGCACCCACCCAGUGAGGCUUGACAUGGCGGAGCUGUAGGUGGGCACGUGGAUUCUCUCUCCUGCUGGGGGCACCAUUAGGGUCUGCAAUAAAGGAAGUGCCACAGGCCUGGGCUCUGGCAUCAGCUUCUGGGGGGA